AUGCGCGUUGAGAACGUGAUCCCGGAAGAACACGUUACACAUUCUUCGCCCUAUCGCUCUUUGGGUGACCAGCGGUUUGUUCUCUUCGACUUUAAAAGCAGACCAACUUUCAGCACGGGCACGAAACCGGGUCAACGUGGCGGCAGUCAAGCGUUGUCCUGUCCACCGACUGCAACUUCAUCUGACCGGCCAGUGACCGUCUACGUCGUGGUUUGGCCAGUGCUCAAGCAAGAUCUGGGAUUCGGCGUUCGGCCUCGGUUCGGCACCGCUUUGUCCCCCGUUCUUUGUGUCCUCGUAGCUGCUGGCCAGCCAAUCGUCGCGGCCUGA